UUCCUGUGUCCUGCGCCGAAUCCUUUUCUGACUCCGCCCUUUGUUCAGCUGGCAGGGUUUCUUUCACGGAGCGACUCUCAAAACAGACGAUGGCUGUUCCGCCCGUGUAUGUCGAUCUUGGAAAGCCAGCUAAAGAUGUCUUCACCAAGGGUUAUGGGUUUGGCCUUAUCAAGCUGGAUUUAAAAACCAAGGCAGAGAAUGGACUGGAGUUCACCAGCUCCGGAUCAGCCAACACAGAGACCAGCAAAGUGACAGGAGCUCUGCAGACAAAGUACAAAUGGGCGGAGCAUGGACUGACCUUUAAUGAGAAGUGGAACACUGACAAUACUCUGAGCACAGAGAUCACAUUGGAGGAUCAGCUGCUUAAAGGACUGAAACUGACUAUUGACUCUUCCUUCUCACCAAUCACAGGCAAGAAGAGCGGUAAGAUCCUGGCUGGUUACAGCCGGGAGCAGCUCAACGUCGGCUGUGACGUUCACUAUGACAUCAACGGCAUCGCCGUGCACGGCGCAGGAGUGGUCGGGUUCGAGGGAUGGCUGGCUGGCUACCAGAUGACCUUUGAAGCUGGGAAAAACCGAAUCACUCAGAGCAACUUUGCUGUGGGCUACAGGACAGAUGAGUUUCAGCUGCACACCAGUGUGAAUGAUGGUACAGAGUUUGGAGGCUCCAUCUACCAGAAAGUGAAUGAGAACCUGGAGACAGCUGUCAAUUUAGCCUGGACAGCAGGGAACAGCAACACGCGAUUUGGCAUUGCAGCCAAAUACCACAUUGAUGCAGACGCCUCCUUCUCGGCCAAAGUCAACAAUUCUAGUCUGGUGGGCCUGGGCUACACUCAAACUCUGAAACCAGGAGUCAAGCUGAGUCUGUCUGCUCUUGUGGAUGGGAGGAACAUCGCUUCUGGCGGCCACAAGCUGGGCCUGGGGCUGGAGUUUGAGGCCUAGGAAGAUGGAGCAACACAAUCCUGACCUAAAUCAUUAAUUCAGUAGCCAUGCAGCCUCAUGUUUCCCUUAUAUGUUCACCGCCAGGGAUGCAGGUGUUGUCUUGUCAAAAGUAUGUGAAAGGAUCUGCCAGUGUAUACCUGGGAAAACAAAACACUAAUUUGCUGUGGAAAGUUGUCCCUAAGUUUGAGUCAUUUUGGAGACGGGAAAAAGUACUCAGCAGCUGAUGCUCAGACUUACGUAAAGUAGUGUAACUGUAGUUCUUAGAAAUUGUGAAAAUGCAAUGUAAUUCCUUUCCAAUUUGAACACUAUUUUAUUAAUUUAUGUACUUUAUAAGUAAUGAAGAGGCUUCUUUAAAAGGCAUUCUGCUCAUGUGAAUGCUUUCUGCACAAUGCCCAGUAGAUGGAGCAGUUUCAUCUGCACAGGUCACCAGGGAUGUUGGGCCUGAAUGAUAACUAUGCUCUUUUCCCGUGAUUGCCACACAGAGGGAGAGAGACACUGCAGAUAUUUCUGUCAUUCUCCCAUAAUGCCUUGUGGAAUAUCUUUCUAGAGGUUAUUUCCAGCAAUAGAAGUUUUACUAUGCUGCCUGUCAAGUAUUCCUUCUUCGCUUGUUAACACUAACGAUAAUUAGUGUUUAUUAGCUGGUUACUAGGAAUGCCAGACAACAACCUGCGGCAGUUGGAAACUGGCAAUGGCCUAAAAGGCAUCAUGAGUGAACAACAGAUAUGCCUGCAGGCUGGCUUCAGGUCUUUUUGCAGCGGAUGACCUCAAUGACACUAAACAUCUUUCAGUUCGUUAAGGUAUUUCAGUGCAUUGUUUUGUGUCUUGUCUUCUGGUUAGAUAUUUUACACACAAACACCCCCUCCCCCUCCCCCUCCCAUUAAUGAGGUAUGGGGGCUGGACCUCUGUCAGGUUUGUGGAACAGCAAUAAAAUGCUCUGUUAAACUCUGCACACAUGCAGCCUCCUUCAAGCUUAUGUGUUGGGCAAAAUGGGGACAUUCAGUGGGACACAGAUACACACACUGUGUACAACAGUUAUUUUACUGGGGAAAGUGAAAUAAAUGGUUAUAUUUA